AUCGAGUCUACUAGCUACAAGGUUAUGCUGUAUUUAUCGUAUCUGAAAGAAGGGGUGCGAUGCAAAAUGAUUAAUAGAAUAAAGAGUUGUUCUCAGUGCACCAAGCAGAGUUGUUCAUGUAAUGCUGGCUGGGUUCUUAUAUCCUUUCUAUUCUGUAUUACUAAUGAAUUAGUUCGUUUGAAUGAUAGAGAGAUGGAGAAGAAGGAAUAUCUGCUGAAAUGCCAGCGAGAGUUAGCAGAUGCUCAAGCUCGUCUUUCCGAAUCCUUAGAUUGUUUGUCUUGUUUGAAGAAGCAACAGCGCUUCCUUCAGGAAAAGGGGAUAAAGCUGGUG